AUGGCAGCAAUGUCACGACAACGAAGCCACUCAGUACGCCGAUCGCCUCCUCAAUCGCCAGCCCAUCGCGCCAUAACAACCGCAGCUGCUGAUCAACGACGCGCCUCAUCCAGCUCCAAUCGCACUAGCAUCCUUUUAUCAGAGCGACAAGUCAACAAGAUCAACAAGAAGAUUGCGAACGUACGGCAAAACUCGUUGGCAUUGUCUAGUCCACAGCUAUCAGCGUUGAGCACAGACCUGGAUAAUGUAGAUGCAUCGUUCAUAUCCACCCAAUCACGUGGUUCUGCUCUAGAUGCGUUGAAUGGCGUACACACAACAUCAACAACACCUGUGGAAAUGGCAACAGAAUCCAUGUCCAUGUUCCCGACUCGUAUUCAAGAAUACGCCGUGAUUGAAGAUUUGCUGUUUGUGCUGAUGGGCAUUAAUGGCACCUAUAUCAAAAUCAACUAUCCUCGAGGAGUCGCCGGUGAGGUGGAUGACCAAAUGGUGGAAGAAGAAGGUGUACAAGAUGAUCAAGGGGAAAUGUGGGACGAUGUACGCUAUACAAUUGAUGCUUCUUUGGAUCCAAGUGUACGUGAUCUGGUGGAUAAGAUCUUACCCUUGGCCACCUAUUACAUGUCAAUCAGCGCCUUUGUCGAUCAAUAUUCACGCUACGAAUACGGUUCCAUCAACCACGCAUUAGCAGCCGCCAUUUCAUCCAUCCUCAAAGAAUACGAGACCUUUAUUGCACAACUCGAAUACCAAUUUCAAUCAUCCGACAGCUUCACCUUACAACAAUUCUGGUUUUAUAUGCAAGACGACACCAUGCAACAAAUGGGCAUCAUUCACGACCUUGCCAUGACGAUUCGUGGAUUACAUACAAAAAAGGAUGUGGAUUUUGAUGAUGAUUCAGUGGAUAUCGAGGCAGUACUGGAAGGCUUGAAAAAGGCAGAUGAUGGCCAAGUGCGUAUCUCUGAUCAUGAAAAAGGCGGUGCCAUCCUCAACAUUCUGACAGAUCGAUUGAUCCGAUACAGCGGAGAUGUUCGAUGUAAAAAGAUGUUUGCCUAUUUGCUAUCUCGUGCAUCAGUACCCUACUUUGAGAUUCUUCAUUCUUGGAUCUACCGUGGCAAAAUCAUUGAUCCCUACAACGAGUUUAUGGUGUUGGAGAAACGCAACGUCAAAAAGGAAAAUCUCAAGGAAGACUUUAAUGACGCUUAUUGGGAGAUGCGAUACACCGUUCGUGAAAAGCUGGUGCCAUCAUUCCUGCAGCCGCUUCAGACCAAGAUCCUACUGGCAGGAAAAUACCUCAAUGUGGUUCGCGAGUGCGGUGUCAGCAUUGCCAAUCCUGAAGAUAUGGAGCUUGCUAUGCAACAGGAUAACAUGGUGGAAACCCAAUCAUUGAGAGACGAAUGGAGAGAAUCAGUGACAAGAAGCGAAGUAUGGUCGGCUGUGGAUGGCGCAGGGUUCGUCAAAAGCCUUGAGAUUACAUAUAAAUACGCCAACCACACGCUUCUCAAAUUACUCACAAAGGAUCAACAACUCCACGCUCGAUUACGUUCACUCAAGCACUAUUUCUUUCUUGAUCAAUCGGAUUUCUUGACUUCUUUUCUGGAUCUUGCGCGAGAUGAAUUGAGGCAGCCAGCAAGGGAAAUCCCGUUAACAAGGUUGCAAUCGCUUAUGGAUUUGGUACUUCGAAACUCCUCCUCGGUUGCUGCAUAUGAUCCAUUCAAGGAAGAUCUCAAGGUUGCCAUGAGUCCUCUUAAGCUGGUGGAUGAAUUGCUAAGGAUCAUCAAUGUCGCUGGUCUCGACAGCCUACCACGUGAUUCGCGAUGGGGAAACAAUGGCAAUGAGUCGGGUGCUGCCAUGCUGGAGCGUAGUCAAAGUAUGGUUGGAAGCAUUGCUGGUGGUGGAAGUGUAGCAAGCACGUCAGCUGGUGGAGGAUCUUCUCGUGAUGUGUUGAGUGGUUACGAUGCAUUGACAUUGGAUUAUACGGUGACUUUUCCAUUAUCGCUGGUCAUAUCCCGCAAAGCAUUGACAAAAUACCAGCUUCUCUUUCGACAUUUGCUAUAUUUGAAACACGUGGAGGAUAUGUUAUGUGACGCAUGGAUGAAACAAAAGGAUUUGCUAUGGAAAAUGCGAACGGGAAUACCUGAGAUUGAUGCCUGGAAAUUCCGUAUCUUCAAUUUACGACAUCGAAUGCUCAUGUUCGUGCAGCAAUUUGCAUACUAUGUGACCAACGAGGUUUUGGAGCCUAAUUGGCGACGACUCGAAUCAAAUUUGGGCAAGGUUACUACCGUGGAUCAAGUUUUGCAAUUCCACUCUGAUUUUCUUGACACGUGCUUGAAGGAAUGCAUGCUCACCAAUGCCAAACUCUUAAGGAUCUACAACAAGCUUAUGACCUCAUGUGUGGUGUUUGCAACGCACACUGAUCGUUUUGUGCAACUUUUGAAGUCGAUGGUAGAACAACAAAGUCCGGAUGAGUUUGGCAUUCCCAAAGGUGGUCUGAGCGAUACAGCAGCAGCAAUACAAGCGAGCUUUGAAAACACGAGUCGAUCUUUGAACAAGCUUGAAGAAUCAUUUUCUUAUCAUAUGAGGCUAUUGAUUGAAGCACUCAACUACUACUCGGCUACUGAAACGGUCCAGUUUUUGUGUCUGGUGGUGAGACUGGAUUACAAUCAACAUCACAAAUCAACCAACGUUACUUCAAGAUCCAAAUGA